GUAGCUAGUGUAGUGACGUCACUUAUUUUUGGGAUGUCUUAAUCUCGAAUAUUUUGCGCUAAGAUGAGAAAAAGCUGUAAUUUUAUUUUAAUCCCAAACGGUAAGAUAAUGAAUAUUCCUAUAUUACAUUAACAAAAGUGGUAUUUUGGCCACAAAUACAGUCUUAACCUGAACACAAGAAGUUAUGACGUAUUUCACAUUCACAUGUUUAAAAAUUUCGAAAUAAACAUGGAAAUAGUUGUAGGGACGUAUGACGAGGUUUUAUUGGGCUAUAAACUGAUUAAAAGUGAUGAAGACGUAUAUGAGCUACAGCAGACAUUCACUGAUAAGUCACACAGUGGCUGUAUCAAAUGUGUGGCUGCAGCCAGUAAUGGUACGCUGGCCUCUGGAAGUACAGACGAGACUAUAAGAAUCUUCAAUCUCAAGUCCAAUGUAGAACUUGGUUCAUUACUACACCAUGAAGGGACAAUUAGCAGCCUUCAGUUUUACAAGAACAGUCAUAUGUUCUCCUGCAGUGAAGAUGGAAGCAUAUGUAUAUGGUCAUUGAAAAACUGGGAGUGCCUUAAAACAUUAAGAGGUCACAAGGGUUUUGUUAAUGCUGUUUCUUUCCAUCCAAGUGGAAAGCUUGCACUCUCCGUAGGUCAAGACAAAACAUUGAAAACUUGGAAUCUUGUCACUGGAAGGGCAGCCUUUACUACCAACAUCAAACAAGUUGGUGAUGGGGUUGUAUGGUCUCAAGAUGGUGAUAGAUAUGCAGUGAUAUGUGAUAAAAAGUUAGAUGUUUACAAUACUGAGACUGCCAAAGUUUGCUGCUCCAUGCAGGCUCCAGGAAGGAUUUAUGCUGCAUUGUUUCUGACAAGUCAGGAGAUUGUAUACACUGGAGAGGGUGGUAUUGUCUAUAUACACAACAUAUCUGAGAACAGAGAGAUCAAACAAAUUGAUACAAAGACUAAUAGAGUUCGUGGUUUAUGUUGUGUUAGGAAAAAACCAGGCCAUUCGGAAAGAUCACACUUGGUCACUGCAUCCAGUGAUGGCUAUAUUAAAGUUUAUAAUCUAGAUACAGAUAAGGUUGACCAAUCAGAUUGUGAGCUGAUAGUGGAACAUGAUACAAAGUUCAGACUGACCUGCCUUACAGCCAUUGAUAUAGAGACAUCUAUAGGUACAUCUAAAGUGAAGGAGGAACAAUCAGAAGAGGAAACUGAAGCUGUGCAAGAAACAAAUGAUGAUAGCAAUGGUGAAAGAACCACAAAAAAGAAAAAUAAGAAGAAAAGAAAGAAAAUUCAGAAAAGUGCAGAGACUAUGCCAGAAAAUAAAACUAAAAAGACUAAAACCAGAUAAACUUUUAUUCUCAAGAAAUAAUAUCAGUACAUGAACUUAACAUAACUGAACCAUUCUCAUUAAAAAAUCUGUUGAAAAUAAACAAACUAAACUCUUUGUCCUAUAACAUUUUCUUAUGUUACCAUGAGUAUUGCGAUCCCUUACCAUAGAAUUGAAGAAAUGGAUUGGAAUUACCCAUUGACUCAAUGAUCUCGUCCUUAAUUAUCCAUCGGAUACAGAUGUAACAGAUGUAAAUCCUCCAGUGAAACCUCAGUGAUUGUUUGUUCAAUUCACAUACAUGUAAUGUCAUUUAAAAGCUGAGAAUGUUAUAGGUGGCUUGUAUAUGGUGCCCAUUCCACAAUGUGAGUAUGAUUACCAUUUAAUGGUAAAAACUCACAUUUUAAUGUCAUUUUUUGUGGCCAUAUUGACUUGUACCAUUUUACAAUAAAUGUGUGUAGUAGAUUAAGAGAACUUUAAGAAUUAAUAAACCUUUCAUAUGGUUCUAUUUCUAAUAUAUAAGACUAUUGUUCAAGAAAUUGACUGAGUUGACUGAGAAAUCUGAAUGAAGAAUUUGUGUGUCCUUUGUCAACUGGAUUAAAACAAAAGGUGAGACCAGUUUCUUACGAUCCCUACAUUUCCUACCCAUUUCUUCAUGUCCAUACCCUAACGUGGAUUAUUAU